ACUCAAAGAGAAAAAUCAGCUGAGUCCUUUGGACCUGAUCGACUUAAUACAGAAGCUACUGCUUUCAACGACUUCGACCUAACUCUCUCCAAAACAAUGAAAUACGCAAGUUAUAUCUUAGCUUUUCAGCUUUUCGUGAUUUUGGGUUCUUCUAGCUACCUCUGCAAGGCGACAUUUACUACAGAAAUAGAAAAUCUUAAAGAAUAUUUUAAUGCAAGUAUGUCGGAUGUAGCAGAUAAUGAGACUCUCUUCUCAAAUGUUCUCAAGAAGUGGAAAGACGAGAGUGACAGAAAAAUAUUCCAGAGCCAAAUUGUCUCCUUCUACUUCAAACUCUUUGAUUCCUUGAAAGACAACCAGAGCAUUCAGAGCAGUGUGGAAGUGAUCAAGGAAGACCUGCGUGUGAAGUUCUUCAACAGCAGCAACAGCAAAAUGGAGGACUUCAAGAAGCUGAUUCAAAUUCCAGUAAAUGAUCUGAAGGUCCAGCGCAAAGCGAUAAAUGAACUCAUCAGAGUGAUGCAUGAGCUGACACCAGGAUCUAACCUGAGGAAGCGGAGAAGGAGCCCAAAACUGUUUCAUGCCCGAAGUGCCUCAAAAUAAUCAUCUUCCCACCUGCAAUGUUUGAAUUUUUAAAUCUAAAUCUAUUUAUUAUUUAAUAUUUUACAUUAUUUAUAUGGGGAAUAUAUUUUAUACUCAUGGUCAAAGUAUUUAUAAUAGCAACAUUUAUGUAAUGAAAAUGAGUAUCUAUUAAUAUAUGUGUUAUUUAUAAUUUCUGUAUCCUAUGACUAUUUUACUUGACCCUUUAUUUUUUCUGACUGACUAGGCAAAGUUACAUGAUUACAGGGCUCUAUCUCAGGGGCCACUUGGCAGCCGACCUAAGCAAGACCCUGUGGGUUGUGCAUUUAUUUCACUUGAUAAUAUAAUAAACACUUAUAAAUAAACUGAUGCCAUCCAGUCGCUGCCUAUUUGAGAUCAUGCCUGCAUUCUGAGCCACUGCUUUAAUGGCAUGUCACACAGCACUUGAAUGUGUAGGUCCUAUGACUUGUCCCCUGAUAAAAACAUCACAUCUUAUCUCAUGCCUGGUGCUUCAGAGUAUUG